CUAAAACUCAGCCUGAAAACCGACCCCAUCUGCAGUACUUAGCAUCCUUACCAAUUCUCCAGCCAGUCUCUUAACAAAAGGUCAGACAGUCUCUAGAGGUAAUACAUUUGUUAUCGACAAGUACAACCCUGCUUCAACAAAUCAAACCAUCCCUUUAAGAACCGUUUGCCUUGUCCUCCCUUUUAUCAAAUAUUUUGGGUUUUCCAAAAUAUGUGAAAUUUCUCCUGGUCUGGAAUGUAUUUUAGUUUCUUUGCAAAGGAUCAGCAAAGAGUGAAAAUAGUACAAAUGACACCUGUUAGGCAUCGAUAUGGUGGUAUUGCCAUCAGUGUGUUGCCGUUGUGAUAAAGGCCUUCAAUCCAAGUUCAGCUUCACAGAGUUAUUUGCAAAGCUGCAGGUUCAUAGUAUUGUUUUAUCUAGAGAAAAAUUGUUUUACACGGCUUACAAGGGACAAAAGCUGUUAAAGAAAUGAAAGACAAAACCUGACAUUGGGGCAAAUCUUUUAUAGCGCUCGCUUUUGCUCUAUUAUGUUGUUCCACUCACAAAUGUGUGUGUGUACACCUGCAUUCCAGCCAUACCACAGUGAGAAGGAGGCUGUAUUACAGCACCAGUACUCCUUCACUCAGCUUCCUACUCCUUCUCCUCCUCAGUGCAGGAAGUAAUUAAACUUGAACAAACAUGUGCACACACAUACACACGCAUGCACACACAUAGUCUAACCAAUCACAAAGACUAUUCCUUUGAGUCAGGAGUGUUGUGCUGCAGUUGACACCGGCUUUAGCCUCUAGAGCGCAACACUCGCACAUCAGUCAGGUCGUCUCUUAAUAAAGAAAGUCGGUCCUGCAGAGGUCUCACAGUCUGCAGUUGUUGCUGUCAUUCAUUAUCAUCACAGCCUUCCCCCUGCACACACACUCAUACACACAUACGGGCAAGUUGGAGCCUGUACAAACACCCACACAUGACCCCAGUAUGCAUGCACACACACUCACCCACAUUCAGACACACACACACACAUUCACAAAGGCACACAUGAGCCAAGGAGCAUGGGCAGCAGGGUCACCCUAGCGCCAUGCUUCAUAAAGGGCGCCGUUACAAUAGGUUUACUGUUACUCUGACGGCUGCUGGGAUACAAUAGGACUGAAUGUGCUGGCCUGAUGCUUCUCCACUCCUCUCCAUUUUUCACUUGAUGACAAGGAAGACUGACUGAGACGGGACAGCAUGUUAUCAGAGGACGCCCCGGAAGGUGAGUCGGCUCACUGCAGGGUUAAUGUACACCUCCAUUUCUGCGCAUAGUAAAAGUGUAGUGCUGACAGAGAGAUAUGCUGGAGAUAAUUUAUGGAUUGCUGAAUUUGGUGAGACUAAUACUCCUAUAAAAGCAGGCCAUGAUGUGCUUCAUCUCUGUUGUCAGAUAUAAUUUGAAAAAAACACUCUUUUCCCUGAGUUCUGACUGAAAGGCAGCAGGUUUAAAAGCAAGAAUAAAGUGUAACAGUAUGGUGCAACUGUGAAACCUUACUUCACCUUAAGCAUCUUGCUUACAUACAGGAAAUGAAAGUCAUGAAAUAUUGUGUGGUUGCAUCAUUCUAGGAAAAUUUCUAGAAAAAUUCAGAAAAUAAUAAAGCGCAAGAUGAACUGAGGAAGGAGAAGAGGGGAGUAAAUCAAAGGUAGAUUGGCAUGCAGGAAAUGAGAGGAAUUAAGCUGGAGGAGGCAUAUAUUAAAAUGCCAAAUUGACAGGCUGACACUUCAGGCAGGCGGCUAGGUAAGGUGGAUCUCAAUACAAAGAGCUGAAGGAGAGAGGUAGAUGCCAAGAAAAGAAGAAAUCAGAGAGGAGAGGAGAGUAGAAAGGGGUGAGAGGGAUUAGUAUAAGAUGAUAGGAGAUGGGGUUUGGUUUGGGGUGACAGAUGGGACUCACUCAGAUCCAGAGGGGUGUGGUGAUGAUCAGUGAGAUUCCUGUGAGUUUGAACAAGCAGGGGUAUUUGUACUGCAGCUGUCAAUGGUUCAACACCUACGCAGCCCCACCCUCCUCCCUCUCUGAUUAUACACGCACUCAUGCACACAUUCUCAGUCAUUUUUCAUAUCUAGGGAUAGAACUAUUUGGUUAGUUUUGUCUUUGAGGUAAUCGUUAUGCUGAAAAAAUCCCGGUGAGACCAGGACAAUGAAUCAUGUUCUUGUGUUGUUAAAGAUUAACAUACCUCCUGUCGGUGUCUGGGUAAUAGGGGGUGUACAGGCUGUGUUUGUUUAUGGUGAGGCCUGUCUGUAUUUUAUUAUGCUUCAUUGGCCAUAGUUCAAUUGUAACAUGAUCACCAUAGAGGGUAGCUUAGUUGAAGCCUAUAAGACUGAUGCUGCAAUGAAGUGAUGGUGUAAACAAAGUCCUGUAAAUUUAACAGGGAUCUUCUUCUACAACUCUUUUUUCACUCACAGGUAAAAGGUGCUUCAAAUAAAAUAUAUCUAAUACUACAGGACAGGAAUCAAUUGCCUAGGAGCACACAGCAAAUAAGCAGCAGGUAUCAUUUUAAAAGGACUUGAAAACAAAACUGUAUGUAUGAAUGAACCAUAAAAGCACAGAUUUUGGAGAGAUUUUCAUGUUUUAAUGUUGUGAAGAGUCAUGAUUUGAAUCUGUAAUUGUAUUUAUUAUUAAUCAAUUGUUGAAAUGUAUUGUGAUUUUAAGUUUUUGGACCCCAGGAAGACUAGCAACCACUUUGUGGAAGCUAAUGGGGUUCCAAACAAACAAAUAAAUAAAACAAAUACAGGGACAUAGGGGGAAUGAUAAAACACAGUCAAACAGAACAAAAUCAAAAGAGCAACGACAAAUUAUUGGAGUAAUAAGAUAAAUCUCAGCCAGCCUAGAUUUGUAACGCCAAAAUUUUAGAAUUGUUGCAUUUUAUUAUUAUCUAUAUUGGCUCACAAGUAAGGUAGUAAAACGAAAAAACAAAUCAAUGAUUAGCAUGAGCAAAAUAGUAUUAUAAUAACUUAAGAAUACUUAGUUAAGGUAAUGUAAGGUGGACUUUUUUGAUCCCGCAUGGAGGAAACUAUUUCACCACCAGGACAAGAAGACUCAUACAGACAACAAACAGCAUGGAGACAUCAGAAAAAACAUAGACUAACACCAGAUACAAAACAAACACAGUAAAGGCCAAUGAAACAUGAUUUAAAAGUGGUACAAUAAAAGAUAAGGACAUGAUUAAAUACAACAACAAAAGCCUGAUAAAACUGAAUAAAUACCUAAAUGAAAACCUCUACAAACUAUGCAGCAGCGCCAAGUCAGAUUAAGUAUAACCUUGGGAAAAGAGGUCAAAUAAUAGGCCUAUCAACUGCAAAUGGGGGCUUUGUUAAAAUUAGCAAGAAUUUAUAAGAAAAUGGGAUGAUAAAAUAUAAAGCCUAUUGAUGACAGACAAGGAGCUUUAAAUGGAAAUACUUUUUUAAAAUUUAAUCUGUUUUAUUGAAUAAAUAUGGUGAAAUAAUCAGAACAAAACUUUUCCAUUAAAUCUCUUGAAGCUGAAAUGUGAUAAAACAGAAACACCUGAGUAGGCUAAUGGUGGCCUAGCUUAUUUAAGCUAGCUUACUUUUCCACUACUACAAGCAUUAACCCUGACUUCUACACUUUGUUUCUUUUUGGUCUAUUAAUUUUUCAUCUUUUUAUAAGUGUGACAUAUAUACCUCCAUCAUAAAAGUAGGAAAUGGCUAAAGGUUGUUAGGGGGAAAAACCUGGUCUAUUAUCAGAUAAUUAGCCUACGGUCGGUUUCCCCCUUUGCUCGCUAUGGUAUCUCACCUGUACGGAAGUGAACAUAAAAGGCAGCACAGGUACAGUCAGUCAACUCUUCUCCUCCUCCUCCUCCUCCUCCCUUAUACAGGUAGCAACGCUCUCCUGUGUAGCUCAUUGUCGGUAAAGUAGCAAGAGCAGGCAUGACGCUGGACACGUUUCACUUGAGUAAAUAUGAGACACCUUGAAAUCUUCUUCUGUUCCCUUAUUACCAGUAACCUCUCGGACUAAUGGGGCUUAUACUGCUGAGCCUGAUUCUGCGGUACUGGAUCCACACCGUGGAGGGUAAGCAGGACUUCAAAAAUCAAGAGCAACAUGUUUAUAAUGAACAAAACUAAGAGUAACAAGCUCUCAGGAGCAGACCAUAAAAACUGUGUUGGUAUUUAUGACCAGUUAACAUGUUUUACUGUGAGAAGCCUCAUUGAGAUUGUGUUUUCACCUCCAUAUUAACACAAGAGUAAAGAGUGAUCUGGUUAAUGACUGUGUCACAUCCUCAAUUUCAUGAAAAAGGGAAGUUGCUGUUGAAUCUGUAUUUGUUUUCACAGAGAGGCCUUGAUUUUUGUAGGGAACUCUGUUUGGUGUUUACAUGCUGACUGUAUGUGUGUUCAUGUGUAAUACAGGAUCAUGUUCAGCUGGCAGUGCUGUGACUUGUGACCAGUGUCUGCAGCUAAAUUCUCACUGUGCCUGGUGCAAGCAGGAGGUAAGCAGCCAGGACUAUACUUACCCGCUGAGCAUUUUUUUGUCUAAAAGAGGUCUAAUAGAUGUCUAAAUGUAUCCUAGACGACUGGUCUAAAAUCAGGCUAACACAGGUCUAAAAAUAAAGUUUUUUUAGGCAUCUAAAUUUAGACCAAGUUUAGACUAAAUCUAAAUCUAUAUUACACUGUAUAUUGCUCAACUGCGAUCAUAAUUAUUUUGGUUAAGUACUUGGAGAUCAGUUAUGCAACUCAUAGUUGCUUUAUGAAAUAAAAAGUUAUCGAAUAAUGGGUUAGAGUGCAAUGUCUAAAUUCUGUCUAAAAAUAUACAGAAUCUAAAUGGUUGAAAUUAGGUCUAAAAAAAAACUGGACAUUUAAUAGCCAUCUAUUGCUCAGCGGGUAGUACCAUGGUAAAUUUUGAGUAAAUGCUCAUAAGGCAUCACAAAUUGUGUGUGGUCAGCAAAAUGGCCUUGCUCGUUUUAAAGUCACAAAACUUUUCUGCAUCAUACAAAACUGUUUCAAUACCUCAUGCUUUGACAGCGCAAUGUGUGAUUAUAUUUUGUCCUCCAUAUUUCAGAAUUUUACAGACUGGGUUUCAGUCAGCAAAAGAUGUGACAGUCUAGACAGUCUGUUAGAAAAAGGAUGUGCUCAGGAUCAGCUGGAGUUCCCUGUUUCCAAAAGCCAAGUUCUGCUGGACCAUCCACUUGGGAAGAAAAAUGGCAAUGUCAACACCACCCAGAUCUCCCCUCAGAAAAUGUCACUCAAGCUUCGACCUGGUAGGAAGCCCAAACAUGCUUUAUUUCGGGAAGUCUCUCCUCCUUUCCAGGCAGAUAUAAAGUAUUUAUUUUGUUUAUUGUACAGGCAGUCAGGUAACUUUCCAGGUGAAGAUACAACACACUGAAGACUAUCCUGUGGACAUCUACUACCUGAUGGACCUGUCAGCAUCUAUGAUCGAUGACUUGAAGAUGAUCAAAGACCUUGGCUCAUCUCUGUCAAAAGAGAUGGCAAACCUGACCAGUAAAUUCAGGAUGGGGUUUGGCUCUUUUGUGGAGAAACCUGUCCUGCCUUUCAUCAAGAUAACAGAGGAAGAACUUGCUAACCCCUGCACGUAUGUGUUAAAUAUUAAAAUAUGUUCUAAAUCUUCAGCAAAAACAUCUGCCUGUAAAAAUGAUUUUAGUUUGACUUUUGACUUCUGUUGUGUUGCAGCGUUGCAGGCAUAACUUGCCAGCCGACCUUCGGAUACAAACAUGUCUUGUCUCUGACAAGUAGAACAGACGAGUUCAACAAGAUCAUCAGAGAGCAGCAUGUUUCAGCGAAUAAUGAUGUGCCAGAGGGAGGCUUUGACGCUAUCAUGCAGGCAGCUGUAUGUGGGGUAAGACUUUAUUUUUAUGAAAAUUAAUUUAGAUUUUAGUUUUUUAAAUUUGGUUAUGCUAUUUUUUUAAAAAGUGGUUAUUCAUGUUCACCCAAAAAUAUAUUUCAUAAAUUUAGUAUGACAAAAUGUUACACCUGCUGGCUUGGAAAAAAGAGUUGCUGUAUUUAUAUUGAUCCCGUUCAGAGUCAAUUUGAGCCCACUCCAUUUAGAAAAGAAAAAAAUAAGUUAUUUAAAAUUGUACUUAGGCUUCAGUUUUAUGAAUGCGGUUUAUAGCAAAAGUUGCUGAAAGAAGAGUAAACUGUGAUUUAUAUAAUCUAUUUACACAUCAGUACAUAUAUAUUGGGUAUUUUAGGUAUUUAUGUAUGUUGAAUAGUGGUUGUGGACUCGAUUUCAACUACAGUUUAAGUGCAGGAUCAUGUCAUAGAGAGCAAUGUUACAUUCACUUGACUUACAUUCAGCUAAGAAGCAUAAGCAGCAUGCUGUGUCUCCUGAUAGGACAAGAUAGGCUGGAGGAAUGACUCCAUGCGUUUGCUGGUGUUUGUCAGUGAUGCUGACUCACACUUUGGGAUGGACAGCAAGAUGGCUGGCAUUGUGAUUCCCAACGAUGGGCAGUGUCAUUUGAAUGUCAAAAAUGAAUACUCCAUGUCUGCAGAGCAGGUUUGUUGUAUUUAAUCAUGUACUUUUGAUUUCCUUUAAUUUCUCACUUAAAAUGUUCAAUUUCUUUGAUUUAAAUCCAUUGCAUGAACUGAGUUCAAUGACUUCUCUUUUGUGAGGCAUUUUACAGCCAGCUGCAAUGAAUCAUCUCUGCCUUACAGCACAUUCACUGUUGACAUUUCCCCAUUUUUCUUCCCCAGGAGUAUCCUACUCUUGGUCAGCUGAGUGAUAAGGUGGUGGAGAACAAUAUCCUACUCAUAUUUGCUGUGACAGAAAAACAGGAGAGCAACUAUAAGGUAAUGGCUUCUUUGCAUGAAUGUGUUAUUUUUUUUGCGGUAAAAUGUGUCAAAACUGAAAAGCAGAAGAAUGCAAGAAUGUGCGAGCUCGGUGUUUACUGAGGUUUUACAUAUUUAUUCAUGGAGCUGCUUUCUCAUUCAACCUGUUGGAACUAGCCCUCUCUUCUUCCAUGUUUAGCGGACAAGUUUGAGCCAAGUCUACCCACAUUUACAGCACUGACUUUUCUGUUUAUCUGUUGUUUUUCUGCAGAACUAUGCAAAUGUCAUACCUGGCGCCACAGUCGGGGUCCUGGCGAUGGAUUCGCGGAAUGUCCUGGAGCUCAUUGUGACAGCAUACAAAGUAAAUAUACAGUGUUGGUGAUAUUGAUGUGCAGGUCAACCCUGGUCAUGAGAAAUACCACUGGAGUCACUUACUAUUAAAAAGGCAUCAAAACUGAGCUCAGUUCAGGUUUGGCCCUAUAAUGUGAGGCUUUGAAUGUAGCAUCAAACACAAUCAUAUGCAGGCAUGAUUAAACCAUCUGUAUAUUUUAUUUUUCUCAUCUCAGCCAUCACACAGUCUUCCUGUUCUCUCCAUUUUCUGCUUUUCUUCUUUCAUUCUUUCUCCUGUGACGGUUUUUCCCUCGAACACCCGGUACUUUGCAUCAGCAUGUUUGACAGCAAGUCUCUGCUUGCUCCAGCUGUUUGAUCUCCUCGCCCCUCUGACUUUGACUUACUCUCUCUCUCUCUCUCUCUCUCUCUCUCACUCACUCUCUCUCUUUCUUUCUCUCUCUCUCUCUCUCUCUCUCUCCCUCUCUCUCACUCUGUCUUCCUCUGUGUCUACCUCUUGCACGUUUGUGUCCUCUGGUAAUCCCUUCUGGCGGCGGUGACGGGUGGCGAGUCCUUUAAUUACUUCAUCAGUUUCGCCGCUUACACCCACUUUAAGGCGCAGUCACGACAACCACAAAGGAGAGGGGUUUUUUUACAGACUCGAAAUGCUGGUCAUUGGUAAAGAAAAUAACAAAACAAAAAGGUAUAUAUAUAUAAACACCAGCCUUCUUUUGGUCUGUAGAAAGACUCUAGUAUUGUUGAUCUAAAUACGCUUCAAUAUAUUUACUAAAAAUAACAGAGUCUUUUGAUUCUUUCAUGCUCUCUUUUCUGUGAUCCAUCAUCAGUUUUGUGUGUAUAAUGAACACCUUUCAGUUUUCUUCUCUUUGGUAACCGUAGAGACGCACUGAGCACAAUUACAGGCCUAUAGGAAACACGCAAUCUACCCUCUGAUGGCACCCAGACAGACCGUCACAGAGGUCAUUAGUCAGUCAAACACAGUCUUUCCUCCCGCUGAGGUCAGCUGUCACUCUUUUCCUCAGGUGCUUUAUGCAGCACAGCACACCUGGGAUAAUGACUCACACAAAAAGAGAGAAGUAGAGAGGUGGUUUCAAACGUACUCAGCACGCCACAGGUCAGGGCAAGGUGAAAGUGUAGUUCCACUUAACGCCCUGGAAAUCCCACCUCUUUACAGUAGGAGUCACUAUCCUGCGUUUUUGAGUUUGUGCUUAGUGAUUUUUCUACUUUUGUGGUAGGGAAAAUAUUCUGCCUGUUCUGUCAAUUGCAUUUCCAUGCAAGGUGCUGAAACGUAUAUAAACUGUCUUCCAGGAGCUGCGGUCAGAGAUCGAACUGGAGGUCCUCGGAGACACUGAAGAGCUCCAGAUGUCGUUUACAGCCCUUUGCCCAAAUGGGAGUAUCUACUCUGAUAUGAAACGCUGCUCCAACAUCAAACCUGGAGAGACGGUCAGUUGCUUUUCUUAGAUAACUAUUAAUUUUUAUUUGUUUGCAAAUAUUCUUUUAUAGGAUUACAGGUAAAGAAGCAGUAAUGUAUGUUUUCAGAGUAGAGAAUAAUAAAAGGUCUGACAGUAGUAUAAAUAAUAGGACUAUAAUGUAACUGUGAGGUACACAAGUUUAUAGAUAUGUUGACAGUAAAAAGAGAAAAACUUGCAUGGUAGUCCAGGCAGAGAUCCAGUAAGAAGGUCCCGUCAAAAGAUACAGGCCAAGGAGAUAUCAGUACUCACACAGCUUUAAAGUUUUCUGAUCAUGGACAAGAACAAUAAUUUGAAAAUGAAUGCAGAAAUGUGUAGGGAAGUGAUAAAAAUAAGUUUGAUUGUGGUCUCCUUUUGGUCCUUGUCCUGUGGAGUACUGAAUCAAUUCUGUCCGAUGAGUGACUUGUUUGGGUAGACCAAACACAGGAAGAGUGCAUUGAGGUGGUCAAGCCUGCUCGUAUUUGGGCUUUGAGAGAAAAAUGACACUAAAGCUACAGUUCAUGCUACCCACCAAGAAGAAACCAGGUUCAGUUAAACCAAAGAUAUCAAAAAUAACACAAUUCAGGGUAUAUUUACUCCCUUUUUUUUCUCAGCACCUGUACAGACUUCUUAGUCAAGUUUUCUGUAAUAUAAGUUAGCGUCAAGUAAUUCAUCUUCCGUUUGGAGAUGUCCUCACGCACAGUUGAAUGUAAUAAAACAAAACGCUUGUGACAGACUGCAUUUGUCUUACUGGCAGUAAAACCCAUAAAAACAUCAGUAGUUGCUAUGUAUUGGAUAAAUAGUGGAUACAACAGGGAUUUCCUUCAGAGGCGGACUAGUACAGUUGUUGGCGAGUACAUUUAUCUGGCAGCGGGAUGGUGUUUGUUGGACUGAUACAUAAUGAUCCGUGCUGUCCGUGUCUAUGGUAAUCAGGGGAUUUGUCACCCAGUUCAACAAUGAGGCUCAUUGAUGUGUAUUUUGGAAAACUCUGCAGCUCUAUAGCAAGUAGGAAUAAUCGGUGUUACAUCAUGAAACUUGUAAGAUCAGAUCAGUAUUGAGUAAACAGAUGAAAGUCAUUCAAGGUGGUUUGUCUUUGCUCCUCAGGUAGUAUUCAACGUGUCCGUGGAGCUUCCUGGGUGCUUGUCAGGAGUCCGUCACUUCUCCCUCAAACCUGUGGGCUUACAGGACAGUCUUGAAGUCGAGCUGGAGUCCCUUUGCUCGUGUGACUGUCAGCAGCCUCCUGAAGCAAAUAGCAGUCAGUGCACUGAGGGCCAGGGGGCUUUCCACUGUGGCGUCUGUGUGUGUCAGCCGGGGUUCAUGGGAGCAGAGUGUGAGUGCAAUGAGGAGAGCGCUUUGUUGAGUAACUGCUUCGCCAACAAUGAGUCCUCGAUAUGCAGCGGUCAGGGGCAGUGCUACUGCGGACAGUGUGUGUGUGAGGCAUCCAGCUUUGGACGCAUCUAUGGACCUUACUGCGAGUGUGAUGAUUAUUCAUGCCCUCGAUUCCGUGGGGAGCUCUGUGGAGGUGUGUAUAUAAACUUGAAUAUUACAGGUAAUUAAAAUGUUUUUUGGUUAAGACUGCUUCGUUAAUGACUGUGUGUUCUUAGGCCACGGCGUCUGUGACUGCGGCGAGUGUCACUGUGAAAGCGGAUGGACAGGGAAGUACUGUAACUGCAGCAGCAGCACUGAGGCAUGCAUGUCAGAGGAUGGUGUUGUCUGCAGUGGCCGAGGGAGAUGCGAGUGUGACCAGUGUCUCUGCACUGUACCUGGAGCGUCAGGGGACAAGUGUGAGAAGUGUCCAACAUGUGGAGACGCCUGCAGCUCAGCAAGGUGAGAACACAGCUCUGCCAUCUUUGAAAAAGGAUGUAAGGUGGAGGGUUUUUGAGUUGUAUCUCUAACUGCAAGACAUAAGAUGCUGUCUCCUUGCGCCACAUGAGACGUCUGUUCUUUGGAGUACAGACAGAUCAGGUUUUUGCCCUCUUGUUCACAUGUGUCUACACCUUCAAUGUGACAUCAAAAGACAACUAAUGUCCCCAACACAGCACCAAGAGAUUUCCUUUCUGCUUUGUAAAGCAGCUGUCAGGGGUGGUGCCACCUGAUACCACUGUUACAGGGUGAUAGAGGGAGUGAAGCCUUGGGAAAACUGUGAUAAGUGACCAACACUGGGAUUUCUUUGUGCUCAUUUUGUCAGUGAUGGAAGACUCAUUAAAACUUUUCCAAGAGUAUGUUCUAUCCCUAACUUUUGUGUUUCUCUUGUGAUAACACCAGGACCUGCGUAGAGUGCCAUCUGCAAGAUAAGGAAGGUGCUGAAUCAUGUGAGCAAAAUUGCAGCACCCCAAAAGUUUCAGUCAACUCAACAGCAGGUAAAAAAACUCAAACUCACAUUUUAUCUGUAACAACAUGAUAUGAAUUAGGAUGCUUGGUCUAUUCUGUUUGUGGCUAUGGAAGGACAUCUAUUGGGGAUGACAUGGUACCACAUUUCUGAAAAUGGUCUUUAGCUACUGAAACAAAAACUCACUGAAUUACUUACUGGGGUGCUGAAUUAUAAAAGCAGUUAGAUGCCUCGGAAAGUAACUUAAACAUUACUCCUCUUUGUUUGUAAAAACGCACUGCACCUCUCAUCUCCCUGGUAUUUAAUGAUUAGUUUUCUGGAAACUCAGUUGUUGAUACAACAUGAUGAGGCACAUCUUUAGCGAUGUACCUUGUGAUCAGUCCAUUCGCUCCUUUCUGUCUUAGUGAUUGUGGAGCUGGCAGUAAUAUAAAAUACAAAAUCAAGCUUUGGCUGUCUGAAUUGAGUGGCUCACUUUGGUCUGCCGAGCUAACCAGCUCCUGGUGCUAUACCAGAUCACUGGUGUUUGCAGCGUUGGGCUAUUAGGCAACUUGCCUAGAACAACCCUGUUGUUAGGUUAGGUGCUUCAAGAUAUUAAGGAUUAAAAACCAUGGAGGUGGACUAACUAAAUACUUUUUUUAUGCAGACUACAACUCACUGUUAUUUUUUUGUCCUUUACCUCAAGACACACAAUAUCUCCAGGAAGCCAUUACAUUUGUGUAACUUCACCUGCUAAGUCGAAUGUUUAAUCAUAUGUAUUUUUGGCCAUUUGAUACAAAGUGAUGCGUAACAAAGCCUUUUAAAUUCUACUUACUUGAGAGGUAAACAAAUGCACCACAGUUACCAUAAACAGACAUGAAGAUAUAGCUAUCUAUUACUUGGUGCUGCUCUGACAGUAAAUGAAUACAUCACAGUGGGUUAGUAUAAACCAGUUCAGCACUGUUGUUUAUGCAUCAUAAAAUACAAACCAGUGUUUGUGCUUGUUUUACUUAUAAACUGACCUAUUUCCAAAGCAUACGCUUCAUUGCAAACAUCAGGUCACGUCGGUACAGCGUAUAAAUAUCUGGCUGAUACUUGAAACUUGCGUCGGAUAAUUAAUGUAUCACAGGGAAUAUUUUGUUCCCUACAUCUCCAAUUAACAUCUAACGCCAUUUUGGGUGGAGGCCGUUCUGGGUAUUCUUGUGUGUUUGGUGCUUUGAAGCUGGUGGGAAGCUUCAAAACCUGAAACUUGAGAAACAUAAAUGGUAUCAUCGCUUGUCAACCAGGUGUAGCUUUUUCAAUAACAUACUGUCAGGUCUUCAUGGCUUUUUGGCAACCAAACCUUGAUGGAAUCAUUUCCUUGGAAGAGAUAGGAAAAAAAUUGUAAAUCAUAUCUCAACAACCUCUGGCAUGUUUCAAGUCAAUACAAGCUGAUUUGUAUCUAGCAGUACCGUGGCAUGAAAUCGAUACCUGAAAUUAAACGGCUCAUGAUUUUAAGGAACAUGAGCAGCAGUGUUUUAUAUGAGAUAGUUUUAUAAUGCUCUACAACCAUCCGUGGUGUUAUCCAAAUAAACCAUGAGUCCAUGUACACCAUCCUCUUUGCAGACUCGUAUUUGAUUUGCUUGUUGUUGCUAGAGUCCGCUCUGUUUGUGAUCGUGGUAUCAACACUGGGCCAUGCUAAGUUUCCCCAUGGGUCAGAGAUUUGGAGGAAUGCUGACCUGCAUCGACUCGGGUGUCUCUCUGAAGCCCGUAUACCCCCUCUUUCUCUAACACAACACCAUCCAUGUCCAUGUCCAGCAUGGACAAUGGGGAACAUAUUAUUUACCUUGUCGUACAGGCAGAGCUAUUGUGGUGUCUGUGAAUAGCCAAAGGACCCUGUCUUCCUUUAUAGAGCAGAUUAUUUCAAACCUGCUAUACUUGUGCAAGCUGAGAGGUAUAUCUGAUUAUCGCAGAGGAUUUUUCAGGCUUCAGAUGUGAAAUACAAUGGCGUGGUCCACACACACACAUGCACACACACACGCACACUAGAUUGUAGUCUUUGAUAUGGAAAUCACACUGACAGCACAACAGAAGCAAGUAUAUCCUUUUACAUUCCCGCACAAUGCAGAAAGGGAAGGCGAUAUAUGAUAGAUUUGUGCCGUACUUAUGGAUAUUUUUGUCCGCAUUGUCUGCAGAAUACGACAAGAGUGCUUCUAUGCAAUGCACGCUAAUGACGGAGAAUGAGUGCUGGAUUUCGUUUAAUGUGGUAGCAGGUGAGACUGGGAUCACUGCCUACAGCCUCCAGAUAUAUGGUAAGAUUUCCAACAAGUAAAAUCAGGUUUUAAAAAUGGAGUUUCAGUUGUUAUAUUCAUCAUAUCCUCUGUCCUGUCUCAGGUUGUCCAGAGCCUCCCAACAUCCCCAUGAUUAUUCUGGGGGUCUCCCUUUCAGUCGUGUGUAUUGGCCUGAUCCUGCUGGGUGUGUGGAAGGUGCUGGUGUCUGUCCACGACCGUAAGGAGGUGGCCAAGUUUGAAGCUGAGAGGUCAAAGGCAAAAUGGCAGACGGUAAGGCAGUUUUCGGCAAACUCCUUCAAAAUAUCAAAAAACAACUUUGAAAUAAACUUUAUAUCCAUUUUUUUCUGUGUGAUAAGCUUGAGAAACAUACAACAGUAAUUUGGUUCAUAUUUAGAUAGUUACUCAGUUUUUCCUUGGUUUGCCAGCGAUAUAGCACCAGGUUAUACAAGGCUUUUCAGUUCAAUAUGAGAGGAAUAUCCCAGGAAAAUAUGAGAUUGUAGAUUUUUGGACUAAUGUUUUGGAAAAUUUAGUGUUUUGGCAACAUGUGUAAUAAAAAAAGAAAAACUAAAAAAGGGAAAAAGUUACUGAGAGACAGGGAUUUGCUGAUGUAAUACACCAUGAUUUCAUGAUUCCUGUGUAACAUCUGGGGAAAAUAAUCAGUCUUUUCCUUAGAUUUCUUGGUACUUUUACAGACUCUACUCAUUGUUUGAUAUCAAAGAAGAUGCGUUUACCAUAAGGUGUGAAAUAUGACAAAUUAAAUGAAGAUUUCAACAUGUCUUACAAUGAUGAUGAACAUGCAAAAUGCUGUUUAUUUUGUAUCAGUCUGUUGACAAAGCACAUCAAAUUCACAGAAAAUCUCCCUUACUAAUGCAGUAUUCUCUGCUAUCAGCUAUUAGAUAAUCUUUAUCUAGAAACUGCAGUGCCCAGCAGAUUUCAGAGGUAGUAUUCCUCAUAAAAAAACAUACUUUUAGUGCUUUUAGACUAAACUAAAACAUCAUUUGUUUGAGUUUAGUCAUGUUAACUGUUGUCAGACCAAAAGUAAAGAAUACCAUCUUAACUAUUUAGCACAUUUGAUGAUUAGUUCUUCGGACUUGUUUAUGCAGAGUUAAUGUCCGAUUUUAACAUUUUUAACUUUUCUUUUCUGUCUUUCUACAGGGUACCAACCCUCUUUUCAGAAGCUCGACAUCGACAUUCAAAAAUGUAACUUAUAAGAACACAGAGCGAGAAAAGAUCACACUGGAUCGAUGCUGAUGACAAACUAGAGGCGAACCACCAUCUGAGUGCACUUAACUGUUGAGUGUGUGUGAGAGUGUGUGUGUGUGUAUGUUUUAGAUGUGUGCUAGAGAGAUUGUGUAUUUUUAUGUUUUUUGAUGAAUCUUGAGUUGAUACAGAGAUGUUAAACCACAGUAGAGAACACUGUGAUGGACAAACACUACAUGAUGAAACUGCUGCUGUAAAAGUGCACUGCCAAUGUACUGUUAUACACUGAACUUUCUUGCUGCAUUAUCCUUUAACAAACUUCAACAUGACUUUGUCUACUGUAACAUGCAGCUUGGGAAAGAGAUGUCUACCCUUCUCGUGGUCUACUACUGAACAAACUGUUUGUGUUAUUGUAAUGAAUGUAAAUAUGCAGGGGGAUGAUUUUUUUAAUAUUGUGUUUGUUUAUUGUAAAGUAAGGCUGAGCCUUCUGUUGUUAAAAUCUAAUUUUGUCCUGGU